UAAAAAGAUGACUAAUACAAAAGGAUCAAUGGUAGUAGUACCACUGUCUAAAUAUAAAUUGGUGUUUUUAGGUGAUUAAUCAGUAGGAAAGACUUCCAUAAUAAUUCGAUUUAUGUUUGACAUUGUAAAUUAAAUCAAGCCAACAGUAGGAAUAGAUUUUAUUUCAAAGACUCUCUAUUAUAAAGAUAGAACAAUACGUUUAUAAUUAUGGGAUACUGCAGGAUAAGAGAGAUUUAGAUCAUUAAUUCCUAGUUACAUAAAAGAUAGUGCUGUUGCUGUUGUUUUUUAUGAUGUAGAAGGUGUGAUCAUAUAUUUACGCAGUAAAAUAAUCAUUUUAAGUUUAAAUAAAUUGAUAGAAGAUGUUCGUUUAGAAAGAGGAAAUGAUGUAAUCAUAUUUAUAGUGGCUAAUAAAAUUGAUUUAGAAAAUAGGUAAUUCAUAUAUCAAUUUAUUUAAUAGCUAUAACUACUGAAGAAGGAGUUAUUUGGCAAAAGAAUUUGAUGCUCAUUUUAUUGAAGUUAGUGCUAAAACAGGUAAUAAUGUUGAGUUGUUAUUCAAAUAAAUAGCAACAACAUUACCUAAUACUAGUAAACUGUAUUAAAAAUAUAUUUAGCUAAUCCAGUUAAAUUAGAUAUUCAAAAAAUAUAAGAUUAAGAUAAAACAGAUACCAAGGCUUGUUGUUAAAUCC